AUGACCGGAACUUUAAGAAUUACAAUAUUUAUUUUACAUAGUUUAUUAUUGAAAGUCCACUGUCAAAUAUGUCAUGUACCACAGAUUGAUAAUUCUAAAGUUGAAGCGAUAUGUUUUAAUUGGAAAACAACAACAUCGAGUGUUAUUACUGAUGAAAACGGCUAUACAUCUACCUCUUUGAGAAGUGGUUUAUUAGAAGAUUCAUGUAUUCCAAAUGCUCAAGGAAUUAUAUUACGUUGUAAAAUUGGCUAUCAAAAUAAAAAAUCACAGGGAAAGGAUAGUUAUUUGAAUUUAUGUUAUAAUGGAACAUGGAAAUAUGAAAUUAAUGAAAGUAAUGAUUGUGAAUCUUUAUGUGAUAAAUUAUUUAAAGAAAAGACCGAAUCAAUCCCUACUCCAUUAUUAUUGAACGCUAAAGAAACUGGUGAAGAAUUACCACCAUGGCAUGUUGCUGUUUAUAAAAACUCCUCGAAUACUUUUGAACAAAUUUGUGGCGGAACAAUAAUUCAUUCGAACAUUAUUGUAUCAGCAGGACAUUGCUUUUAUGAUUAUGCAACUAGUGGACUUUUUAAUUCAUCGAAAUUUUCAGUAGGAGCUGGUAAACGUUAUCGGCAAUAUGUAGCAAACGAGCCAUUAUCACAAUUUGCUCUGGUUAAAAGAAUUUUUGUACCUGCCACAUUUCAACCGACACCAUUACGAAAUGACAUUGCAGUUUUGGUUCUAGAUCGUCAUUUUAAAUAUAAUCCAGUUAUAGCACCAGUUUGUUUAGAUUGGGAAAUUUCUUCUUAUAAUGAUCAUUAUGAUAGCCUUUCUGCGGUUCUUUAUGGAUGGGGACACACAUCUUCAGAGGAGAUUCCGAGCACAAACCUAUUAAAAAUUAAUUUGAGAACUAUUGAGAAUGUGGAUUGCAGAAAAUUAGUUGAUCGAAAAUAUGCAUUUGAUAUUUCUAGUGAUAGGUUUUGUGCUGUGAACAAAGACAACGCAACAGCAUGUGGUGGAGAUAGCGGCGGUGGUUUAAUAACUGUGAGGGAAGAAUAUAAAUUAACUGGUAUUGUUAGUGUUGGUGUUCAUAAAAAACUUUAUUGCACUAACGGAUUUGUUACGGUAUUUACAAAAGUAAGGAUUUUCCGAGAUUUCAUUAGGUCGACUGUUUCGCAAAUACGAAAUGAAGAACAAAAUAUAGUAGAAGAAAUUUUAAGUAGCAAUAAGUGUUUGGUGCCAGAGGGAAUCGAUUUUAAAAAAAUUGAAAUUUUGUGUUAUGAUACUAAAGAAAGAUAUAAUGAAUUGUUGCAAGAUCAAUGUUCAGAAACUACAGAAGUAAUAUUAACUCGUUGCCAAGUUGGCUAUGCAAACAAAAAGUCAAACAAUAUUAAUGAUUAUUUGAAUAAAUGUGUAAAUGGAAAGUGGGAAAAUGAAAGGCAUGUAAAUGAUGAUUGUCAGUUAAUUUGUGGCAAAAAUCUCGAAUCCAAAAUAAGUAAACCAGUUAUUAAAUCCUCCUUGCGGCAAGAUAACGAAACUGGAUUAUAUACGGCACCAUGGAAUGUUGCGAUCUAUAAAAGUAUUCCAUCAAAAUCUAAAGAACACGUCUGCAGUGGAAGUAUUGUACAUUCAAAUGCUAUUAUAUCAGCAGCACAGUGCUUUUAUGAUAUUGAGAGUGAUGAAUUUCCUGAGGAUUUAUCAAUAUAUUCAAUUACAGCUGGAAAUUAUAUUCAUGGUUACGAAAUGAUAGAACAGCAUAAACAAUUUGCGCAUAUUAAGAAAAUAUAUACUUUUGGAUACUCAGCAUCUUCAUUCCGAAAUAAUAUCGCAGUUGUUGCUCUUGAUCGUCAUUUACAAUAUUCGUCAUUUGUUGAACCAGUUUGCAUAAACUGGAAUCCCUCCACGGACUUCCCUUCAAAUUAUAAAAAUAUCAUAGGAAAUCUUUAUAGUUUAGGUGCAACAUCAGAUGCACCCACAUUCUUUGACUCCUUGUCGAUAAAACUGGAACCAAUAACAAAUGACGAAUGUAAAAAAAUGAUUAGUAAAAAAAACCGAGAUGAAAUUACUUAUGAUAGAUUUUGUGCUGUAAACAAGGAUAAUUCAACUAUUUUUAUUGAAGACACAGGCAGCGGUUUGGUAUUAGAAAAUAAAAGUGGGGUAACUGUAUUUGGAGUUUUGAGUCAUAAAUUCAAUCAGGAACACAAAAAGGAAAUAAUCAUAUUUACAGAUGUUCAAUUUUAUCAACAUUUAAUUAAAACUGCAAUAUCGAAAAGUAGAAAUUUAAUAAAUGAUUCUUCAAAUGAUGCUAAUAACAGUUCUUUACCAAAAUGUUUAAUACCUACUGGAAUUAGUAAUAAAAAAAUUGAAAUUUUAUGUUAUGAUACUAAAGAAAGAUAUAAUGAACUAUUGCAAGAUCAAUGUUCAGAAAACACAGAAGUAAUGUUAACACGUUGCCAAAUUGGUUAUGCAAGUAAAAGUUCAAGCAAUAAUAAUGAUUAUUUGAAUAUAUGCGUGGAUGGAAAAUGGAAAAAAGAAAGUCAAGUAAAUGAUUGUGAAUUAAUAUGUGGUCAAAAUCUUGAGUCAAAACCAGAAGAACCAGCUACUAUACCUUUAGUGUAUAAAGGAGAGAAAAUUGCAUCAAAUAAUGUACCGUGGCACGUUGCAAUUUACAAAAAUGUUUCAUCAAAAUUUGUACAAAUAUGCGGUGGAAGUAUCGUACAUUCAAAUGUUGUUAUAUCAGCAGCGCAUUGCUGUUCUAGCUUUGAAAUAGGAAUGAAUGAAGACGUGUCAAAAUUUUCAGUUGGAGCUGGAAAACGUUUCCAGGAUUAUGAAAUGGAAGAACAGCAUGAACAAUUUGCUCUUGUAAAAGAAAUUUAUAAUUAUGGAUUCUUACAGUAUCCAAUACAGAAUGAUAUAGCAGUUAUUGCACUCGAUCGUCAUCUACAGUAUUCGUCUUUUAUUGAACCAGUGUGCAUAGAUUGGAGUCCUUCCAUAAGCUUUCCUUCAAACUAUAAAAAUAUCAUUGGAUAUUUUUAUGGUUGGGGAGCAACAUCACCGGAUAUAGAUUUUUCAUUUGAAUUACUAAAAAUAAAAUUAGAACCUAUACCAAAUAAUAUAUGUAGAAAAAUGACUAAAAAUUUUAAAAAUUUAGUUACACCUGAUAGAUUUUGCACUAUAAGUGAAAACAAUUCAACGAUUUGUGCUCGUGAUUCAGGUGGUGGUCUAGUAUUUGAAAAUGAUAAAAAACUUGUAACUUUAAUUGGAAUUGGUAGUAUUGGUCUCGAUCACAACCGUUACUGUUCUGAUGGUGCGAUAGGUUUAUUCACCGAUAUUAAAUUUUAUCAGCAUUUCAUUAAAACUGCCAUAUCAAAAAGCAGAGAUUUAAUUAGUCCAUCUUUAAUUGAUAUAUAAUAAUAAAUGACAGUG